ACCACAGGCGCUUCACGAAAUAAAUGUCGUCGAAUUAGUUACGGAACGUAUUGAAGACAGUCAGACCCAUCACGACUUUACUGGAGUAAAACAUGAUCAAUUAAAUCUCCGUCUCCGGGUUCACUCGUCUCGGUGCGCGUUGAAACUUUCUCAGCUAGCUUAGUUUAGCUCGCUGCUAACAAAAGAGUCACGUUUGCUGUCAACACAUCGCCAAAUGGAGAUCUUGGUUUUAUGAUUGUCGUGUGAAAUGAGUGCAAAAUCUGUGACAGAGAACGAGAACGACCGUCAACAACUGGAUGCUGUUUUCAAAAAGCCUCGAGAUAUUUUACACGGAGCAGACGUCAGUGAAGAAUAUCUUCAUCUUGAACAGCACGACCCAAAGCCCCCUGACAUUGACAAGGAAGAGGAGCCAGAUCCCGCCUACGUUAAAGAGGAAGAGGAGGAAAUUGAUAUCACCAACUUUCCACUGACUGUCAUUGUGAAGAGUGAAGAUGAAGAUGAUGAUGAAGGUGAUAUAGACCACUGUGGAGGAUCCCAAGCAGACAGCCUUUCAGCUCUGCUAUCAGAUUGUGACGACAUAACGUCACACUCUCCUGAAACUGAUGAUGAACGCUCUAAAGGUGAUAUGACAAGUCACAUGGGCAACAAACGCUGGGAAUGUUCACAGUGUGACAAAGCCUUUGUCUUUGAGUCGCUUUUGAAAAAGCACACGAUUAGCCACACAAGAAAGAAGCCUUUCAGUUGCUCAGAUUGUGGUAAGAGUUUCACUCGUCAGGGACAUUUGAACACACACAUAAGAACGCACACUGGGGAAAAACCUUUUUGCUGCUCCGUUUGUGGCCUUAGAUUAACACAAAAAAGUAGUUUAACAACUCACAUGAGAACGCAUACUGAAGAGAAACCUUUUGCCUGCUCACUUUGCGGAAAAACAUUCUCUGUAAAGCGGUAUUUAAUAGCACAUGCAAGUACACACACUGGAGAGAAACCUUUUACAUGCUCACUAUGUGACAAAAGAUUUUCUGUAAAGAGACAUUUAAUAGAACACACAAAAACACACACUGGAGAGAAACCUUUUGCCUGCAUAGUUUGCUGUAAAAGAUUCACUCAGAAGGGACAUUUAAGAAAACACGCAAGCAUGCACACUGGUGACAAACCAUUAAGUUGCAGUAUGUGAGGAACCUUGUGAUCUUGUAAAGAUGAGAUGAACAGAAACACGUUUUAUGAGAAGAGCAACAGCAAUUUAAGGUUUAAAUACAUUGUAAAAAGACUUUGACUCUGUUGGUAAGCUGUAAAAGUGUGCAAUAUGUGCUUCUGAAUAAAUAGGUCUUCAAAAGUGUUAGUAUUCAGUAUUUAUUGUAGGAGCCUAAAUGCACUCCUUUUCCUU